AUGAACUAUGAGUAAGGAAUGGAAUACUCGGACUCCAUCGUAGUCCAUAAGGGCAUGAUCAAUACUAUGACGAGUCCACCAUGAUCACCAGCAGCAGUACUAUGACGAAAAAGUAUGAAGUUCAGAGAUCUCCCACUGGUUCCUCUGUUGCGGAACGGGUUGGAGUCACUGGGAAUCCAGGAUGUUUCCCCCUUGCAGCGUCGGGCUUUCUACCCGCUACUCAGAGGUAAGGCAUUGACAGUGCUCUUCAAUAGACCAGGGUCAAAUGAUGGAAAUGGAAACGAUGCGAACACGACUGCGAACAGCGCACCAGGUGAACCUGAAACAGCGAGAGUAAGCAGAAAACGACGUGCGAAUGCGAGCAGCACCUGCGAACAAAACGGCCAUGCGGAAGCAGCUUGCAGCUACCUAGUGCCAUUAUUUCAGCGAAUGCAUCUUGAGAAAAUGCAGCUCACACCGGCGACUGCAUCAGUUGCAGAAGCGACGACGACAACGUGUAGCGGCAGUAAACACAAGAACAAAACGAGAAGUUCAUCAGACACGACCUACACCAGGCCGUCUACCCUGAUUCUAGUUGCACGUCGCGAAGACGGACGGCAGGUGACCGGGUUCGCAUUGAGCCUCGUUGGCGCACUAUCGAAGCGAUUUCGGCUCGCCUCGCUCGAUGAGGACGACCAGGGUGAAGCCCUGACUAGAGCGAACGUGGUCGUUUCGACGGGUGGUAGAGCGCACUGGGCUGUGAAGCGUGGCGUGCUGGCGCUAGAUCAACUCCGAGUACUAGUCUGCGACGCAGGUGAAGCCGAAGUGCAUGAUCCUUCUACUUCUUCCAGCACGUUAGCCCGUCACGUUGAGAGUAUCGUCGAUCAAUCUGCCUCGGCGCGAGGCAGUGGAGCGAAAAAACAGCAGCUUGUCUUCAUUGCUCGGGGAUCCAUGCCUACCACUUUGGCUGACACAGUUGAGCGUCUCACGCGGCGUCACAGCUUGGAAAUGAUAACGCUUUCCGAUAGAGGUAGCGCAGCCGAAAAAAGUGAUGAAUGUGCUACUUCAACUACGAGUUCUAGCGAAUCGUCUGCAUACUGCUCUAAUUCUAAACAGGCAGCACCAUCAAAUGGACGAGGAGAAGGUCAAGAAAGAGUGUCCUGCUCGGGAGCAGAAGCUACAACUCGUUCUCCACAUGAUGCACAUUUUUUUAGACCUAACCUUGACAUCGGGGGACCAGAGGACGAAAACGCCAAAGCUGGAGAAGCGUGGCUGGCACGAGGUGAAGCUCUACGGACCGGAGCGGAAGCAUGCGAGUAUUUGCGAAACAUUGUAGGGCAUAGAGUUUGCGAGCUUGCAUCCGGUGAUUAUGCAGAACGCACAAAUGCCUUGGUGCAUAUUCUGCGAACCAGGGUCACGCCAUCGAAACAGAAAAUCGCCAGCACCAGUGGUCAAGCUGCAGGCGACAAGAAGAUGGAUGAAAGAAAUGAUGGCAGCAUUAGUAAAACUGAGUUGGACAUGAAUGAUAUACUAAAUUCAGAGGCGCCUGUCACUUGUGACCACCACGACCACGAUGCCAUCUCCUCGGAAGAAGAUCACGACGGUCGGUCGGCACCGGCACCGGCAGGCGUGCUGUCUACAGCAAACGCAGAUGGUGAAAACAUGGAUGCAGGGCAAGGAGCUCGUUUGGCUGUGGUGUUUGCCUCGUCAGCAGCGGAGUGUGAAGCUCUGUCGACGCAUCCUAUUCUGGAGAAACUCGGUUGCCGGUUGCUUUUACCGCAUUUUAGUUCGGAGAGGAAAGCCCUCACCCUACGAAAGUUCUGGGACGGCUUGAUGCCAGUUCUGCUCACGGUUGACGGGAUGUCAAUCUCAGAAGAUCACACAUGUAUCAAAAACCAAGUCCUUGGUGCUUUGGCUCUUGAGGGACGUCCACUGGAAGGCGCUGGUGGGGUAGCCUUGAGGAACGACAGCAAAGGGAACACAUCGACUCCAUCUGGAAUUGCGACAGUGAUUUCGUUUUCGCCAACCACGCAGCCUGUGCAAUCGAACAGAAGAAAGCAAGAUGUUGAGGGUGUGGAGCAGCGAAAGCGACACCUGCUCGAAAGCUACGCACACAAAGCAGCUGCGUUAGUUUGCCGUCAACAUACGAAAUUGGGAAAAAGAACAGCAGCAGGUCGUGAAGAUGAAUCUUCAUCUUGUUUGAUCACCUUGUGCUCUCCCGUAGACCGAAAAUCUGCCGAACUUGACGCAACUGUUUCGGAAUUUCUGACUUCUAGAAGAUCGAAAUCGAACCCAUCCUCGACAAAGGUCGUCAUGAACAAGCUCGAACGCUACCAGCUGCCUUCAGCGGAGAAGAUCCUGAAGUCCACAACAAAGGAUGUCUGGAGCGACAUUUUAGCCGUGCCACACUCAAAAUAUGCACCGUUAUUGAGUUUGUGCAGGAGACUUUUCGAGAAUGCUGAGCAGCAAGGUGAGCAAGCUCUCGAGAUGAGAUCAUCGACAAAACAGGAGAUUGUGGAUAUGGAAGAUGAGGACGAUAACUACGAGCGUGGCGAGCGUAUUCUUAGAGGAGCGCUUGCAUACCUCGCCGGCAAAAGCGCUGGCACUAGCGUUAAUACUAGGGAACAUCAACAUCAUCAGGUUGGAUAUUCUGUUGAUGGGCAACUAGCUGUGGACGAACAGCAGGGUCGCGGUACUGGUUCUUUGCAUCAAUCGUUCAUGUCUUGUGGUGCGAGUACAUCACUUCCACCUUGGUCUUCGCGAUCGCACCUCAAUAAGUCGUUGCUUGGUGCGCGUUCCGGAUUCGCGACAUUGCAGGUCCACGAUCCGGAUCACAUGGUCAUAACCGCAACAGAUACCCUGAAGAAGUGGCUGCUGACUUCAGUGCUGCGCAAUGAGCUAAAUGCGUUCAUCCGCGCGGAAAAACGACGAGUUUUCUACUCCUCGGCACAACGAGGAGCACUCACUGGGCGCAGUGGUUCCAGACGAAGAUAUUCCGGCUCUUCAGGAGGACACCACCAGCAGCUAGCGCUUCUUUCGAACAAGCAAAAGCAAAAGCUGAAGGAGAUGUUCCUCGAAAAGCAUGUGGGCCAGAUCCAGAAAUGUCGCGGCGGCUGGGUAUUCGAUGUAUCUGAGCGCGCAUCCGAAAUCGUACUACGGAAUGCGAAAACUACAUCCAGUGCGAAGAUUAUGACGAGUUGUUUAGGGCAUUCCAACUCCCAUGUUGGCCACGACCUGCUGUCGUCUGAUGAGAAUCAACAACUGGCGGUAACUCGUGUUCGGAGGUUGCCAAGACUUGUGAAUGCCGUCUCUCGGUGGAAAAGAUCUUGGAAAAUUCUGCCGUGGAGCGGUUGGCGAAGUCGCAUGCGAGCCGAUAAGCACAGAAGAGUCGCUAAACAGCAACGCAUAGCUAGGCAUAGGGCAGCCGGGAUAUCAUAGGGCACAGUUGAAUUUCAAGCUGACACAGCGAGGAAAAAACAUCAAAGGUCCUAAUCCAUGUACUCGCGUGAUGCUGUGCGUGUAAGAAAUUCCAUUUUUACCCGCCGUUUUUUAUGUUAAAACGAAAACCACCGAGUCACUAGAAAUGAGUAAGUACUUCUAGCUGACAUGCACGCCGUGCUCACGCGAAUAAGAAGAAAACUAUCAUAGUACCUACAUCCUCAUCCGCGAUCACUAUCACCAGAAUUAUCAUAAUUAGCUACGAUUUAUCUAGGGAGCAACCGCUACGGCCAACACCUACACCAUACAAAUGAAAGAUAAAAAGAGUCAAAUGAUAGUUAUACGCACGAAGAUUCGUUGUACGGCUACUCUGACACUCCUGACUUACUGUGAUAUACGCUACAUCUAACGACAACAACAACAAGUACAAGAUCCUCGUCAUCGAGGACGACAGGCUUAUAGUCGAC